UUGCAGCUGGUCCAUCCCUAGUAGUAUUUUGAGAUAUUUGUUGAACCUAAAACAUCCGUAAAAAAACAUAUAUCUCCGUUAAAUAGUGCAUUAAAUCGAGGGUGGCUGGAGCUUCCCGGAGGAUAGCGAGGCGCCAUGGUGUACAUCGACCAUAAUGGGCGCGUGUGGGAGAAGCGUCCGUGGGAUUGGCGACGGAUUGUGGAGCUAUUUGUCGGGAUAUGGUUUGCCAUUAAGCAGCUAUUCCUCACAUUCCUCGCUCCCUUUACGGGCAACGAUAACCAGGCCAACCCUCGUCGCGGAAAUGGAUGGGGAGGCGGUGGAGGAUGGGGCGGCGGCGGUGGAGGAGGUGGCGGCGGUGGAGGAGCAAGACCUGGAUCAGGAUCAGGAGGACUAAGACCAAACCGCCGGAUCGGCCGCAUUCAGCCGACUAUGAGCUGUAAUAUGCCCGCUGGAGGCGGAUGAGGAUAGUAGCGACAUCCGGUUCCCAAGACUCUUGGGAGGAUGUCGCGCCGACAGAAGGCUGGUCAUGUCUAGCAGCACCCUAAAUGGCCCAGAUAUCACGGUUUAUCCCGCCCACGUGGCACUUAUGACGCAGUUGUCUUAAACUCGGACUCGAGCGGGCAAUUGCUGAAUACGAUUGAUCACUGAUUCCUUGGCCGCUGCUUCGUGGCCGUCGUCGGUUCCAUUUAUCAACUAUUAGCUCCAAUAUAUGGCUACAGGUUUUUUUCCAUCGGUCUGCGGGUUUACAUUCGUUAAUUUACAAUUGCAAGUUCGAAGUCACAGUACCCAAAUAGGAUAGUUAUUCUGGUAAAAUACAUAAAUAAAUACCAACCAUAA